CCAGAACGCUAACCACAGAAUGAACGGACUAACCGAUCACCUCAGCACCAUUCACAUCGGCGACGAGCCUGAGGUGCACGAACCUGAGGUGCCAGACCAGUUAAUCUUCAACCCCCAGGAUGAUAGCGGACUGGACCCCAAGGCACUCGACAACAUACCCCGUUACCUGUUUCGCAUUGUCAGUCCCGAGUCAGACGGUCACACGGAUUCCACUUGGGUCCAUUCGCGGGAUGCCUGUGAUAACACUCCGUCCUCUACGGAGGAUAUUUUCUCUGGUUUGGAUGAUGGCAGGCGAGGCCAUAUAGCGUGGACUCUCAAUCGCCAUCUUCGAUGGUGGCCAAAGGAUGACCGAGGAGACAACUAUGUGUCGUGGACGACCUCGCUCCUCUUCGCAAUACAAUAUAUCUACUACCGACAUCAGCACCAUCGAGACCAGUCAAGCCUGGAGGAUAUCGACCUGUACGUGGUAGACACAGCGCAAUUCCCUCGUGGCACUUUUCUUCGAGAUUUGGAUCUCAUGGAGGCCUUCCACCCAUACGACACUCACCCCGAGGGAAAGAACCUGGACAAUUUCUUGGAACUGCGAAAGAAACCUAGGUUUUAUUUUGGAGAAUACCUUUCCCAAGGGUCACUGAAGAUUGAGGGGAAGUGCCAAAGGAUCUCUGCCGCAGCGCUCUUUGAGAAUAACGCAUUGUACCGGUUGCAGCCCCAAUUUGGAGAUAUAUCCAACCCACCUGAUGCGCAGGUAUUCUGGGUGAAGGAGGUUAAUCGUAUUCGCGAUGCCGUUUACCAACUGCCAGAACGUCUGUCCAUGCAGGAAAUGAGAAAUCGUUUGCAGGCGGUUGGGGAGCUUGCAGCUCACUUUCCACCGGGCUGGCAAUUCCCCCUCGCCAUAUACUUUGCAGGUCUGAUAAGUGAUGAUUCGGUUACUGAGGAGGAAGAAAUCGCAUAUGAUAGUGUUCUUUUUGCAUACUUUCGCUCUCAAGAUUUCUACGGAGGUCACAAGCAUUUCGGCCCUAGGAGGUUCAAGGUCGUCGCACACGCAUCAAUGCCCGAGUUGCAACGAGUCGAAGAGCUGGUCCGCGAAAUAAAUAAGGACUCGCGGCUGAGAAUGGCCCUCGAUCGUCUUCAGCGGGCGGAAAUAGCCAUUCAGGGAAUAGGCAUCAUAAUCCCCUUUCCAACCCUGGACGACAGUUUUUCGGUCUCGGAUUCCAAUGCGGUGUUGGCUCGCGCUGGGAACGAUGUGCUGUCCACGGUGGAGAGCAUACGGCAACUAUGUGACCAGCUGGUCCAAACCAUCAAACCGAACAAUCAACAACAGGCAUGAUUCUUUUUCAGUUUGCGUUGAUCUGUUAUUUAUUAUAUUGUUUUCUAUCCUGUACUUGAGCAAUUUGUCAACAGUGCGCUGUAGCCCACUGUCCGUUGUAUGUUGUAUACGCUCCUUGAUAUAUAUCUGCCUCCC